AUGGAGCUGCCCAUCCAAGUGCACGCUCUGGUGACAUCACCAACCUCUAAUGCGAGGGUUCAUGACGCCAUGCCUAAGAGCUGGGUACAGACGAGCGAACCAUUUGGUCGCGAACCGUCCGCAGACGGUUCGCAAAAUGCUCGGAGCAAAUUAAUUUUGCCCCGAACCCAACGUCGAAUUUAUACGAGCCAGAAUACGAAUCCUUUGAUGGUUCGCUCUUUUACCGACUUCGAUCGGCUCGGAUCGAGCGGUUCGCGAACCGUCUGCAGACGGUUCGGAGCGUCGUCCACACUAUCGAACCGAACCGUUCGCAGACGGUUCGCGAACCGUUCGGUUCGCUCGUCUGUACGUAGCUUGACAUGA